CUAAUAUGGCGCACAAGUUGACAAAGCUUUGACAGUUUUUAGUUUAGAUUUAUGGUUUAUUUUAUGGAACGAUGUAUACGUUACCGAAUUUUUGUCGUGUGUGUCUGAAAUAUGAUAAAAACCUUAUCGAUCUGGCUCAUAUCGAGAAUGAGCCCAGCGAAACGCUGCUAAGCAAACUGCAGAAAGUUUGUGCAGAAGUGGAAUGGAACGUUUUCAAGCCGCUUCUGUGCCAUCCGUGCAUAAAACGCCUAAACAUCGCGUACGGUUUUAAAAAACAAUGUCUGCAAGCGUCGAGUGUGUUAAAAAACUACGUACAACUAGUUAGGGACAAUCAAAAGAAAAAAGAGUCCAGCACGGGCGCAAAGGUGUUGGACGGUGUACCGCAAGGCUCGUUUAUGAUACUACCCAACCAAAAGUACGUGAAAAUAUUAGUGGGCACACAGAAUCAAGCAGGGGGUGCCAAUUCCUUUCAAAACGUGUUCCUCAACCUAAUCCCUGCCACAACCACACCGACCACAACAGACACCAAAACGAAGGACACCAACCAAAAUGUUUUCCUCAAUCUUAACAGCACGUUUCAGAAAUUCAUCCCCUUAACGCCCACUGGUGAUUCUGCUGCUAAGAAAGAAAAUAAAAAUCUAAACCAACUAUUAACUGAGUCAAAAAGUGAAGAAUUGAGUGUGGAAUUGAACCCCCUUGACUUCACAGGUCUUGAAGAUGAAGAUGAGGAUGAUGAAGAUCAAGAAGAUACUGAUGACUGGGAUGAAGUUAUAUCUCCAACCAAAAUUGACUCAAAGACAGAGGAGAAUGGGGUUAACGGCAAUAAUAAACAAAAAUUUGUUCCCAUCCUUCCCAAACAAGAGGAUUUCUUUAGUUCAGGUCAACAUUUCCUCUCCCCACACUUGGAUAUGGUGCCCGAUAAGUUUUCUUGUGAGCGAUGCUCGAAAACUUUCCCUUCAAUGGUAAGACUUAAGAACCACAUCAAAAUGUUCCAUCUGGGAAAAUUACCGUUUAAAUGCGACAUUUGUUAUCUGGAAUACGCGACGCGAACUGACUAUGAUCUUUGCGUUAAAGGCCACAAAAUCCAAAUGGCCAAAAACAAACAACAUUACAACAAACGCCAAUAUAAAGCAGCCGACAUCUCCGAGGAGGAUUUAAAACCCAACGAGACCGGAGAUUACGUUUGCGAUAUUUGCAAGCGCUUAUUCAGCAGCUCAACAGGUUUACUGCGACACAAAGUUCGUAAACACAACCAGAAGAACAAAAAGAAGUACUUUAUUAAAGGGGUGAAAAACGCGCGGUGCGAUAUAUGCAACAGAGAGUUUUCCACUCAGUCUUACAUGCAGCUGCACAGGAAACUUCACAUGAGGGACGAUGUGGGGUACAAAUACAAAGUGUUUGGCAAAAGUAAGUAUGGGAUGGCUGAAGAAAACGCCAAGGAAGAAGAAGAAGAAGAAGGGGAUAAAACGUCGGAAAGCAUCGACGUGACCCCAGACAUCGUCAUGGAUGAUGAUAGCGAUAAAGAAAUCGACGAAAGUGAGGUUAAGGAAGAGGAUGACGAUGAAGAUCGUUUGAAAAUGGACGAAAGUGAGGUUAAAUCGGAUCAAAAGGAUGAAGAUGACGAGUUGGAGGGGGAAGUCGAAAGACGUGACGACAAAAUGGACGGAAAUGAGGAAGAAGAUGAAGAUUCCGAUGAAAAUCGUUUAAAAAUGGAUAUCGAGAAUGGCGAUGUAUCGGAAAAUGAGGAAAAUAAUGAAGAAGAGACGUUAAGUGAGGAAAAUUAAGGAAACAUUUUUAUUAACAAUUAUUAUCGGAAUUCGGAAUUGUCGUCGAUGUAAAAAAAGUCUGUAAAAUUCGAAUGUAAUUUAAUUUUUUUAUCACGCUCAUAUGACACGUUUUGUUUAUGUAAUUUUAUGGUAUUGUUGAAACAAACAAACAAAAUUUCUCGAGGAAAAAAUAAGAAUACCCUCUGUUAUUAUUAAUAUUUAGCGUUAGUUUGUUAUUUUAAAGAUUAUAUUAUAAGCAUUAAGAUUUUAUAUGCCUACUAUUAGACUUAAGACUCAACUACAUAUAUCAUUUUCGUUCUCUUCUCCUGUAUAUAUGAUAUCAUUGAAAUGAGCAGGCUUAUUGUUUAUUUUUUUUUAUAUACA